AUGGACCCUUCAUCAGCUAGAUUUCCUGUACCCCAUAAGCAGCUCACUUUUGAUGUUAAGGGAAUUAAAACAAAUUUGGUGAUUUGUCGUUAUGAAGAUCAUUUUCUUGUUAUCGUGACUCAACUUGGAAGCUUGGGAACGUUAUUGCAAGCCAGGAAGGAGGAAGGCAUAUCAGUUCAGCCAACAUUUCACUUGUCCGUCUUAUUUGGAAAACGAGAUGAGCCAAUGCUAUCUGCGUGUGCUCGGCAGCUGAUCGAAAAUAUCAGUGCUGCUGGUUCGUCUAGAUGGCUGGUGCUUUCUCUCGGUCUGAAAGAUACAAUCAAGGCCAUAGUUUCCGAAGUGAUAGAAAAUCGACUCUGGUAA